UCACACCUAGCAAUAUGAAGUUCUUAGCUGUGACAUUACUGUCUUUGGCAGCGGUUGUUUCCGCAAGAAACGUUGAUGUUCAAAAUGUGAUUGACCUCGAGGACCUGACAGCAUAUGGUUACCUAGCCAAAAUAGGUGCCCCUUUGGCUGAAAAGAUUCGCAUAGCCGAGGAAGAAGCCAGCCGCAAUCCAUCCAGAAUAACUGGUGGCUCUGCAGCAAGUCUUGGACAAUUCCCUUAUCAGGCUGCUCUAUUGGCUGAUUUCGACGAUGGCAGAGGUGUUUGCGGUGGUUCUUUACUCAACUCACGAAGAGUGCUGACGGCUGCUCACUGCUGGUACGACGGUGAAGAUCAAGCUUGGCGGCUUACGGUUGUUCUAGGAUCAAUUCGUUUGUUCUCUGGUGGAGUGAGGCUGGUUACCUCCAACGUUGUGAUGCAUGAAAACUGGAACCCUAGACUUAUUCGGAAUGACGUCGCAAUUAUUAACUUGCCAUCUGCAGUUGCAAGUUCAAACAACAUCGCCCCCAUCGCUCUUCCCUCUGGCAACGAGCUGAACGACCAGUUUGUUGGUGCAAUCGCUACUGCAUCUGGUUUUGGGCGAACUGGUGAUGGUCCAUCUGGCAGCAUUGGUCCAAACCACUUCUUAAGCCAUGUGGACGUACCUGUGAUCUCAAACAGCUUGUGUCGGAUAUCCUUCGGAUCUGCUGUUCAAUCAUCAAACAUUUGCACCAGCGGUGCUGGCGGAAAAAAUAUCUGCAGUGGUGAUUCUGGUGGUCCUCUCGUUGUCAACAGAAAUAACAGGCGAAUCCUGAUCGGUGUAACCUCUUACGGAUCUUAUCGCGGCUGUCAAGUCGGCGCGCCGGCUGGUUAUGCUAGAGUCACCUCUUUCAUAAACUGGAUCAACCAACGCCUUUAAGUUCCUUGAUUAAAUCUACAACUGCUAUGAAUACCUAACUGAUUGAUAAUACAUGUUUAAUAAAACAA